AUGGCAACUUUGACUCAAGCUCCAGCUGCAGUUCCUACUGGAAGUGAUAUUCCGACGUACAACCAGGUCCCAGAGACUUCUUUUGAUCUGGACUGGGCGGACCUCGCCACCUUAGAUCUGUCACUGUUUGACCAACCCGGUGGCAAGGAGCAAUUAGCCAAGCAGCUGUUUGAAGCUAUCCAGAAUAUAGGUUUCUUUUACAUCGUCAAUUUUGGUGUCUCACAGGAAGAGGUUGACCGACAAUUCGCGAUUGGUAAAGAGAUCUUCAACCUUCCUCUAGAAGAGAAGCUCAAGUUCCGUGCGGAGCUUGAGAAAGGUGGCUACAAUGGCUACAAGCCAGCAGGUCUCCGAGAAAUCAGUCCGGGUGUGUUUGACAACACUGAAAUCUUCAAUAUCCCCAAAUUCAUACCCGCUCUGGAACGUCCUCAACCGGAGAUUGUGAAUAAUAAUCGACCUAUUAUUGAAGGCUUCGCACGCCAUAUUCAUGACGAAGUUGUACGCAAACUACUCACGCUUCUCGCCAUUAUCCUCGAGUUACCCGAGGACUAUUUCCUUAAAGUGCACCGCUAUGAUGAGAAGAGUGACUGCCAUCUGCGGUACAUGAAGUACCAUCGCCGGACCAAAGAAGAGAACGAGAAGGCUGCGGGCAUUUGGUCCAAAGGGCAUACCGACUUUGGCAGCUUGACCUUACUGUUCCGCCAGCCGGUUGCGGCGUUACAAGUCCGGACCCCAGAAGGCGAGUGGAAGUGGGUAAAGCCGUAUCCGGGAAGCAUCACAGUGAAUCUUGCCGACUCGCUCCAGUUCCUCACCAACGGGUUUCUUAAGAGCAGCAUCCAUCGCGUCGUCGCACCUCCACCCGAUCAAAGAGAUGUAGACCGGUUGGGCGUGUUAUAUUUCGUCCGACCAGAGGAUGACCUCGAGCUGCGGCCGGUCGUGAGUGAAGUACUGCAUCGCUUGGGAUAUGACCAAACAACCGAUAACAGUGCAGUUGGUAUCACCGCUGGCGAGUGGGUGAAGGCUAGAGUUGCCGAGGGAGUUGACCGAGGUGUAGCUCGAAGUGAAAUAAGUGAGCAGCCUAUUAUCGGGGGUGUGAUAGCCAAGUAUUAUGACUAG